CAACGCCGUCGCUGAGUGUGAGUUCUUUUUUGUGCUGGUUUACAACAUAAAAGUGCUGCUCGCUCGUCGUUCGUACAACAAAUAAAUUUAAAUCACCUACAACCGGGCGGCCAGAGGAGCAUUCGGCUUGCGAGGACGGUCAAAACGGUGGAUAGCCAGCCGAUUUCCUGGUCAAAUCCAAAAUCAAAACCCAGAGUUGGUCCAAAGUGCGUGCGAGUGUGUUGGUGCGUUUCGUUUCGCGUGUGUGCCAGUGUGUGUGUGCGUGUGUCGUCGUAGCAGCAGCAGCAGCAGCACCAGAAGAAGAAGAACGGGCAGCAGAAAAGGAGCAGCGGAAGAAGAAGAGAAGUAGUCCAGGCAUUCGCCGGAACGGGAAAGGAACCGUAACUUGGAGCACCCGACCCGCAAGCGAGAGAGAGAGAGCGAGACGCAGAGAGAAAUGCAACAACAACCGGAGUCGGGCGGCGAGGAGAGCUGGCUGGAGGAGCAGUGUCACCGCGAAAUCCACGGUCAGCACGACGAAUUCGAACGGGAGUACGUGCGUCAGCGGGACAACAAUCUGAGCACCGUGUGGGGAGCAUUCCAGGAUUCGGCCACCGCCGUUGCCCAGCUGUACAGAGAGCGCUCAUCGAACACAUUUUCCUCAGACACAGGCGCCCUUUGGCUGCCCUUCCAGACCGCAGCUGGCACUGUGACAACACUCUACAAAGAAUCAUGUGAUGGUCUCAAACGCACCAGCGACGCUGCCAUUCAGUGCGGCUACCAAAGACGCACUCGCGAAUUGGCCGAUUGGGCGCGCAGCAAAAAACGCCGGAUGAUAAGGCGCGAGGAUCUGUUGGCCUACUUGGCCGGAAAGCCCCUACCGCCAUCCAACUCCAAUCCACAUGCCAAUCGUCGCUCGCCGAAGCCGGAGCAUCAUCACCAGAGCGGCAGCGGUGGCUCUGGCCUGGGAUUCCACAGCUCCGGACUGGGCCUGUCCCAUGGUCCGCCCACAGCAGCCGGCGGCGGCGGGCAUCUGCUGUCCGCCGGAGCAGGCGGUGGCCGUCAGGAGGGAACGGUCGGUGCCCCGGGCGGCGGAAUCGGCGAUGAUUUGCACACCUUUAAGGAGGCCUUGGUUCUGCGUCCACGUGGCCCCGAACUAUUUGCAUUUGUUGCCAACGAAAUAGCGCGCCAUUGCAAGCGUCCCGGCAGUCCGAUCGACGACAAAAUGGACAUUUGCCACUACAGCAGUAAACGCCAGCGCUUCAUGUAAUCCAGCACCACAACUAAAACCCAAAGCCAAGCUCCCGGUCAUCGAGACACCAACCCACUUCACCUUCUGGAAUCGAAAAAUAAAAACACUGCGCGGAAAUUGCAUGAGAACGGCCG